AUGUUUAAACUUGAAGCUCCCGAGAACACGUACAGCUCUGACCCAGAGGUCACUGCCUCCCACAAGCUGGAGGAAGAGUUCCGCCCUGCUGAUGAUGACGGGGAGGACGACGAUGCUGACUACGGGAGAGGGACUUCGUCUACACGACCUCGCCCUUCACUACCUCUUGCCAUGCUGGCGACACACCGGUAUACAGUCGAGGAUGUGACGCCGCUCCAACGGCUUCGAGCACAACAGUAUCAUAAGUUAAAAAUUCCAUUCAAUGAUUGGAUUCAGACAGGCUUUCUAACUCGAAUCAAAAUCACUCAGAUUCAGCCUCUUGAAAAACGUCGCUCGCAGUGGAGACCCAAGUCAACCCGUGGACAUGCACUCUCCAUUGAGAGUAUAGGGACUGCUGUUGCCGCUAAAGGCGUUUUCUUCCAGAAGGCGCUGGGGGUGGGGCAUCAAUGCUUUGAUAGAGAGGAUGAGCGGGCAAAGAGCCUAAUUGCUUGUGCUGGUGUACAGCCUCAAUUGGCGUGGCCUGCGCUUUACUUGACGAGAUACUCAAGACAGGCAAACACACCCAACAUCACACCUCCAUAUAUAUCUCAGAUUUCCAAGGCUCGUGGGUUCUUUAACAUCUUUGGCGAUGGAAAUUGCAUAGCAGCUUUCAAAAUUUUCGAAUUUGAGCAUGGCAAUUUUGUCGUUCCUUUUGUUUUCAAGCUGCGCCGAAAUUCCUGGUCCAGCAUGCCCAAGCUCCGACUUCAAUAUGGAGUGCCCCAUCACGUCCUAGGUGCUAUAGCAACCCCACUGAUAGCAUUCACACCUUGCAUACAGAUGCAGCCUCUACCACAAGUUCCACCACUCCACCUGCCAAAUCAGUAUGAUGCUGACGACAUUCUCAACACAGCGGCCGCACUUCCUUCACGAGCAUCCAAGCGCCUCCAACAAUCCAGGCACAUCCCUCCAGCCGAACCAAACACGAUCUGCAUUUGA